CUGGUGCCGCCGCUUGGUUGCUUCGAGGUGAGCGGCUGAAGGUGCAGCUGUGGCAGCAUCCUCGCCUGUUGCUGGGGCCCUCAAAAUGUCUGAGCUCAGGCAGAGGCUUGGCCGGGAUGCUGACGGACAGCUUGACUCCGAGGAAAAGGAAUCGGAGUUGGAAAACAAGCUGGACGGAGAAACUGCAUCAGACAGUGAAUGCAAGUCAGAAGUAGCCCAAGCACCCCCGGUUGAUGAUACUCCAGAAGUUCUUAAUAGGGCACUGUCUAACCUGUCAUCAAGAUGGAAGAAUUGGUGGGUGAGAGGCAUCCUGACAUUGGCAAUGAUAGUCUUUUUCUUCAUCAUAAUCUACUUGGGGCCAAUGGUGUUAAUGAUGAUUGUGAUGUGUGUACAGAUUAAGUGCUUCCAUGAGAUCAUCACAAUCGGCUACAAUGUCUAUCACUCAUAUGAGCUGCCUUGGUUCCGAACGCUCAGCUGGUACUUUCUGCUCUGCGUGAAUUACUUCUUCUAUGGCGAGACAGUUACAGAUUAUUUUUUCACUCUGGUCCAGAGGGAGGAACCCUUGAGGAUUCUCAGCAAAUACCAUCGCUUCAUUUCCUUUGCCCUCUACUUAACAGGCUUCUGCAUGUUUGUCUUGAGUCUGGUCAAGAAGCAUUAUCGACUCCAAUUCUACAUGUUUGGUUGGACCCAUGUGACUUUGCUAAUUGUUGUUACCCAGUCGCACCUCAUCAUUCACAACCUGUUUGAAGGAAUGAUCUGGUUUAUCGUCCCAAUUUCAUGUGUCAUCUGCAAUGACAUCAUGGCCUACAUGUUUGGGUUCUUCUUUGGGCGCACUCCACUGAUUAAGCUUUCCCCAAAGAAGACCUGGGAAGGUUUUAUUGGAGGGUUCUUUGCUACCGUUGUCUUUGGCCUCCUCCUGUCAUAUGUGAUGUCUGGAUAUAGAUGCUUUGUGUGUCCUGUGGAGUUCAACAAUGACACCAACAGCUUCACUGUAGACUGUGAACCUUCCGAACUCUUCCAGUUACAAAAGUAUAACAUUCCACCAGUGCUUCAGUCGGUCAUCGGCUGGAAAACUGUCCAGAUGUAUCCCUUCCAGAUCCACAGCAUUGCACUCUCCACUUUUGCUUCCCUGAUUGGUCCCUUUGGAGGUUUUUUUGCCAGUGGAUUUAAAAGAGCCUUCAAAAUCAAGGACUUUGCCAACACAAUCCCAGGACAUGGUGGCAUAAUGGACCGAUUCGACUGUCAAUACCUGAUGGCCACUUUUGUAAAUGUGUACAUUGCAAGUUUUAUCAGGGGUCCUAAUCCAAGCAAACUGAUCCAGCAGUUCCUCACUCUGCGGCCAGAUCAGCAGCUGCACAUCUUCAACACAUUAAAGGCACACCUCAUCGACAAGGGCAUAUUGGCUGGUUCCGAAGACUCAUAGGCAGCUGUGCCAUCAGGAUGUGACUGAAAGUGGGCAAGUUCCCCCCCCCCAAGGAAAUCCCCUCUUGGUUUACCUGAUUUAGGACAAUAAUCAGGCCUCAUAUCUCUCUUUUUUCCCCCAUAUAAGAGGUUUGCAUUUCUGUAACUUAAAAAAAAAUUAUUUAUAUGGCUAUGGUUUCAAACGACUUGAAACUUUUAGCUGAGAAGGAACUGCGGCAUUGAAGGAGAAACCUGACCACGUCUUCUGGAAGGUAUCUUCAUAGCCCCUUGAAUUUGCAGGGUUGGCUUUUUUAACCUUCCAGACUGCAUGAGUAGAAAGUUACAAAGGCUGGCAUUCCCCCCACCCCCUUUGGGGAUGCAUGGAAUGGCAGUGGGGAAGGAAGCAAGGUGAGCAAGGGUCUCUGUAAUGCAGGUAGACGAUGAGCUAGCGUCCUACAUACACAUUUCACAUUUACGGUGUGGCAAAUCCAUCACAUGUUGCAGUUGACACAGAGGUUUCAUGAGGACUUUAGGAGCCUUGAUUAGUGUCCAGCUUGUGAUGAAGUGAUCAGUUUCUUUCCCUUUGCAUCUUUGAGUGUAUCGUGGAGUUUCCAUUGAUCCUCUGUGGCAUGCAUUCCUGGUGGUGGUGGUUUCCCCCCAGUUGCAUGAACGUGCUUUGUUCCAUACGUGGAUGUGGCUUGGUAACUGGAAGGAUGGCAGGAAUGAGCAGAGCUGUACUUGUAGCAAGAGAAGCUGGGCUCAUUGCCAUGUUCAGGCAGCAAAAUCCCAGUCAGAUGGGUAAGCAACUCCCUGCUUGUGAUCCAGCUGCGUGUUAGCAAAACACAAGCAGGAACACACAGGCAUUUUCCGCUGUCACAAUGGCAUUGCUCUGUUUCUUGCAAUGAUGAAACCUUGUUGGCAUCAAGAAUUCAGUUACUGUAAUGCCAUUUUUUAAAAAAAAUUCCUCCAGAUUGGAGAGAAAAUUUAGCAGAUUUUUAUCUUUCUGAAUCCAGAGUGAACAAAUUGCUCUGGAAGGCAGCUGAAAUAAAACCAAAUGAGUAUUUUCUUCAGGGAAGGGGAAAGGGGGAAGUGUUAGUUUUUAAUUCAUAAAUCCUACUCCAUAAUUUUAAAAGAUUGUUCAUUUUAGUAGAAUUGGGAAAGAAGAGUACAGAGUAUAAAAUUAAUACUAAAGCCACCAUGAAACCUGGUUACAUGGAAACCUACAGAGAGUCUAGGAAAAAGAGACUCUAUAGCUGUCAGUCCAGCCAGCCCAGGCUGUCAUGCAUGACUGUCAAUAUUAAUGAGCCUCUUGGGUAGUAACCUCUGCCUCUGGGGUUCUGAUUACCCCUGCUCUGUGCCAGAUCAUACACUAUCUAAAGUGUGAUUGAAACAUGAUGCUGGUGAGAAGAGAACGUAUCCAUGGGACAUUGCAUUCACACCAGCAUGCUGCAUAGCUGCGUUGCAUGGUUAACAGCCCCUUUUAAGUGAGUCACUGCACAUACAACGUACAAAGUCCCAUGGCUGAGUUGUUUUACCUCUGCCAGCAGCAUGCUUAAAUCAGGCCUCUGCCAGGUAGGAAAAGUACACUUCGGAUUGGCUGUCAUGGCAUGGAAACUCCACCUCCAUUGGCUGUAGCCAGUGAUCACAUUGACUGUUGGUGGCUUUUGGGCCUGAAGCAGGUAGGCUGCCCUGCCAGGUUGUGUCACAUCCUCCAGACAUGUGUGUGUGCACAGCAAAUACUUAAGCCAAGUAGACCUAAUGGGCACAAGACAGCAUUUCCUCACAGGAGUGUGUGUGGUGCUGACAGUGCUCAGUUGGCUGAAGUUUUUCUUUCUGUAUGCACCUUCUGUGCUUUGCCUGUUCCAUCUUGUUCUGUCUCCACUCUCCUUUCCCCUUCACUAAACAAGGGUUGGGAAAUCCAUUUGGGGAAGGGAUGAUUUGGAGGGUGGAACAGGCAGGCAGUUAGUUGAGCCACUUCCACCCCAACCUCAUCUUGUAUUCUCCUCCAGCAAAGAUGAAGGUGACAUCACAGGCAAUUAUAUGCAGUUGUAUAGCGUGGGUGUUGUGGGCACACACAAUCUCUUUCCCUUUCCCUGUGUGUUCUGUCUUGUGCUGUCUGCAACUACAAUUGUGACUUAGGUAAGUGUCAAGAACUUCCACUGGGGUAGCUUUUCAGCUUUGGGCCUGAAGACUACAGGACUAUUCGAAGUUGUUGCCCUUCCUUUCUGCAAUUCUGAGCAAAUGUGAUAUUGCAGCUUGAAUUCAGCAACAAUGCAACAGCAGUGAACUGUGGAGCCCAGUGCAUUGCGUUUCUGUUUUUAGAUAGGGAGUAAUGCUAAAAAAGUGACUCAACCUAGUGAGCAACAUUCAGCUUCAAACUGUGCUACUCUCUCCUAAACUCAGUGGGAGUACUGGUUUCCAUCCUCUUCUUCUGUAUGCUGCUUUGCCUUCUGUAUAUAUUCCACUUGCUUUUAGAAACAUGUGAAAUUGUUUUAUAAGUAUUCAUUUUUGAAUACUUAUUUUUGGAUAUCCAAAUCUCUCUGAACAUGCCAUUUUAAAAAGAAAAAAGUAACCUCUGAAAUUUCAAACAAGAUCUAUGGUUUAAACUGAGUUUGUUUUGCAUUGUAGAUCUUUUCUGUCUGCAGAAGUCAGGAACAUAUAUAAAGGUGCCAAGUUUACACACUUUUAUUCUUUUUGUACCAUCAUUUGUAAGUCUGACAACAAAUUCAUG